AUGUCCUCAUCUAACGACGACGACAACGAUCCACCGUACUCAACAGUUCGUCAGUUACGGGCCGAAUAUCUAGCGAGGGUCGCGUCCUCCUCGACGUCUUCAAGAUCUGCGUCGUCAUCUCGUCCACCGAGAAGGGGGACUGUGUUUGGGACGAAGCCAACUAUCAGUUUGCCAUACAUUCCAGAAGUUGAAGAGGAACGUCGUGCCUCCUACCACGUAGAAUCAUCAUCAUAUAUACAUAGUCAUAGCAGCAGUCAAGGACCACCACACCAGCCAUCACAACACAACCAUCAUCCACCACCUCCAUCACCACCUCCAGUUCCAGCAGUACUACAGCAUCAAGCCCAUCCAUCACAUCAUCCACCUCCGACUGUACAACCUGUUUUGAACAGACCUCUGUCCAAAUCUCAAUUGCUAUACCCUCCGGGAAGUACAGAAAAUAUUGCAAGUGAGCACAAGCCAGCGAUCAGGCCACCAGAGAAGACAGUCUACGAAAACAACCCUAUUGCGCCAUCGGAGUUAAAUGUGCAAGUGAAACGUGCCCCGCCACAAGGACCGCCACCUCCUCCGCCACCUCAAGCGGCUCCAUCAGAUUUCGACUAUCCGGAACGGUUAAUGAGCCCACCGCCAACUCAUCAACCUAGAUCGAUUCUCAAAGGAUAUUCAUCUUCUCAGCAAUACUAUUCUCAGACGAAUCUAUCGGAAUCUCAUCACCAUCAUCAGCAGUCUCAUCAAGAGCAGCAUACCACUUUAAAUCCUCAACAGAUGCAUCCAAGACCGUCAGAUCGUCGGACACCGACACAUUUCGAGGAUCUCAGUGAGGAUGAGAAGACGAGAAUUAUGCAUGAAAAUCUGCAGAAGCAUCGGAAUAUGAGAAGUGGGCCGAAUGGUCCACGUCCAGUGGUCACCAAUUUCAACGGUCCAUUUUUCCGGCUAGAGCAAGUCAGUCCAGGACAACCUCAACAACCCCAACAGUACCAACAACAUCCACGAAGUCAGUCGGUGGAUCCGUCAGGUGAUGGUCUUGGAAACCACCGGCUUCUGCAGCAGACACGAGAGAUUUCCGCUUCCGAGAUUGAGCUACACAACUACUCUCGAAACGUGGAACCGUCAGUUGUGGUGUGGCCACCGAUAUCGGAGAAAGAGAGGAAGCGUCCGAACUCGGUGCUAGCUAAGAACUUCCAGGAUCCAGAUAAAAUUGAUGAAUAUCAUAGACAGAAAAGAUUAGAACAAGAAGCGAUUCAUAGGCAUGAAGAACAACAAAUGAUCAGCAUGAGUAAGCAGAUCAGAGCGAUGGAGAUUCAGCAACAAAGACUUUAUGAACAGUCUCAUGGAGUGACGUCUCCAGUGCCAAUCAUGGAGUCGAUUUCUCCACAGCCUCAUUCUCAUUAUCCACCUCAACAACAACACCACCAUCAGCCACCACCGUCUCCUCAGCAACAAUACUAUCCACCACCUCAACCUCAACAAUACAAAGAUCCAGAACCUCAAUCAUACCCUGUCCAAGUGUUCGAGACAAGACCUAUCUCGGCAUUAUCCGAUCAAAUGGAUCAGCCACAACAACCACCGACAAGUUGGAAGAGAACUUAUAUAGUGGAAAGACCGAGAGAUGUGGCGAAGAAUGAGAUUCUGACAUCAGAAGAGCUUCUCGAGAAAGAAUCGUACGAUGUGGAUUUACUGAAACGACGAGAGACUUUCGUGGAGAAACCAGAUGAGCCACCACGGAUAAACCGAUUGGGUAAGAGGUGGCAGCCACCGCCAGAGAAGCCGUACGUGUGGCCAACUCUUCGAAGAGCCAUGUCAGUUGAGCCAAACGCAAGACCCAUCGAUUUCGCGCCAGGAGUACCACAAAACUACGAUGAUAAUGAAGAGUACAAAUGGGAGCCAGUCGUGAACGAUCCUGGAUACAAAAAAGAGGACAAGAACUUCACACCGGUUAGUAGUCCACCAGCGUCGCCUAGAAGAGGUCAUGGAGUUGGGCCACUGGAUGAGCCAGCAAAACGACAAGCAAAGUAUGUGAUCCAACCAAGUCCCGAUGGUAGCCACCGUCCAAAAGCGGUUUUCCGAAAGGAAAGGCAUACACCAAGCGGUGGAUUCUAUCCACAUGCUCCGAAUGCUAUCAAGGUUGUCAAAAAGAGGGCUCAGUCGGUUCAAGGGCUACUGUCACCUACUGACAACGUGGAAAUCAUCCAUCAACGAAACUAUCAUCGAUUAGACUUGGAGCAAAACGGGCAUCACGGCCAAAAACUGCGAAGGAACCAUCAGCAUGGAGGAAGUGAGAUUGAUUUAAGGAGAACUCAAGACUUGCCGGAUUGGGAGAAGAUUUAUGAACUGCCUCCACAUAGUUCCCAGAUUGUACAGAAAGAUAUGCCGCGACACGUGGACGUGCAACGUAGACUGUCGAAAUUCGAAGGAUCCAUCCAAAACCUUCGUGCAGCGUCAAGCACACAACAUCUGGACAGCAUGCAACAGUUGCACUUCCCGAUGCCAGACUAUGAGCCACCACAGCCACAUCAUCAGAGACGACGUACCGAGUCGUCUGGUGGUGGAAACUAUUGUGGUGGGGGGCCUCCACCACCACCGCCUCCUCCGAUGUCAAUGUCGCUUCAUAAUCAGCAACCGAGAGAAAUGUCCCGCCGAAACUCUGUCGCGUCUACACGAAUCGAUUCCCCAUCUCUUAUGAUUCCACAUCAUCAUCAAAGACAAUCUCGAUCUGACUCCAGAGGUCCACCGCAAAUGUCACGGGCGGCCUCGUCGAUACCUUUGUCACCACAACCAACUCCACAACACCAUCAUCAUCAUCACUCGCAGAGACCAACAACUCCCGGAGCGACGAGAGCACGAAAUUAUAUCGCAAGAGCGACUGCGCCGAGUCCAACACCGUACUCUUAUGAUCGAGCAAGAGCCUAUGUGCCACCGGCGCUCCCACCUGGUUAUAGGCUAGCCGAUCCACUACCCGAUCAACGUGCUCUCUCCCCAUCUCCAGGACAUACUCGAAAACUAAUCCGAAACGUGUCUGAAUCGGCUCAACGCCUUCAACAGCCAUCAGGCUCCACACCUCAAACCUCUCGAGCUCCAUCGCGUCAUUCUCAUCGCCAGAGCCCCAAUCCCCGAUUUCUAUAA